AGACCCACUGACAGAGGCACUGAGAGCACCAGUGGUCCUCUGUCUGGCACUACCUACACCAUCCACCAGUUGGACCCCUCCACUAUCUACACACUCACUGUAUCAGCCACUAAUGUAGCUGGAACCACUGACAGCACUCCCAUACUUUUCUCUACCUGUGCCUGUGACGAUAUCCCAGCAAGGAGUUCAUCGAGUGAAUCAGAGAGUGGUGCGACCAUUGGUGGAGUGGUAGGGGCUGUAUUGAUCAUUGCUGCAGCAACCCUCGUUCUACAUGUGGUGAUAGCUCUGCUACUGAGACGUCAGAGAGGCAACUCUGCCAAGAGAAGGCAUGCUAAUACUCCUCACUCACCACAACCUAUUCUAUGUAUGCUGUACACAUACAGAAGUGAGAUGGUGGAUGCUCCAGGAUCUGCUGCUACAGUUCUAGAACUCUCCAAGAUAUCAGACGAAACCUACGCAAGUCCGUUCCAGACCACCAGUAAUGAGGCCUACAAUGUAGUGAGAGGGACUGGAAGGACAGUGAAGAUGAUU